AUGUUUGGGCAGCGCGAGACCUACCUGGAUGCAGUACGGCGUCGGCAGGACCGCGAGGCGCUGGCGCAGCUGCGCACCGGGUCGCAUUGGGGCGCGGAAGAGACCGGCCGCUGGACGCGGCGCCCCCGAGAGCAGCGAAAACCGUGCCGCCUCGCCGCCUUUGCUGCCGCCUGUCACCAGCGCUGGCUGACCGCCACCGUUGCGCUGCCUGCAGUCUCGCCCUGA